CUCAGUGUUUAUUAUUGCAGUGCCAGUUGCCACCGGCAGUGCCGGCCGUUCGUACUCGUAUAACAUACAUCUUCUAUCAUGAUAAACGUUAAAGUUUUAAGUUUUCUAUUACUAUUAGGUGGUGUGAACUGUGAAUACAAGUAUGAAACGAAAUGGUUUAAAGUCCCGUUGGAUCAUUUCGGGUACCAGAGGAACGAAUCUUUCAAUAUAAAGUAUUUGGAAAAUGAAGAGCACUGGGAUCGGGGAGGUGGACCCAUAUUUUUUUACACGGGCAAUGAGGGUCAAAUCGAGACAUUUGCUCAGCACACUGGCUUCAUGUGGGACAUCGCGCCUGACUAUAACGCCAAGUUGGUUUUUGCAGAACACAGGUACUAUGGACAGUCCAUGCCCUUCGGUAAUAAAUCUAUGGACAAAGAGCACCUUGGGUACCUGACGUCGUCCCAGGCCCUGGCGGACUACGCUGAUCUCAUCAACUAUCUGCAAGGCGAUAGGUUGAAGCCUAAAUACCCCGUCAUCGUUUUUGGAGGUUCCUACGGUGGAAUGCUAUCAGCCUACUUCCGCAUGAAGUACCCUCACCUGGUCACCGGAGCCAUCGCAGCGUCAGCUCCAAUACACAUGUACCCAGGAAUGGUACCCUGCGACGUGUUCAGCAGAAUCGUCACCUCCAGCUUCAAGGUUGCCAACCAGAAAUGCGUGGACAAUAUAAGGAGGUCGUGGAGUGAGUUGAGAACAUUUCUUGCAAGUCAGAACAACAGCGAUUGGUUGAAAACCACCUGGAACCUCUGCGAGCCCAUCAAAAAUUCCACAGACAUUCAAACCCUGAUGGACUACCUUCAGUCUAUGUAUGAAACCCUGGCCAUGGUGAACUACCCGUUCCAGUCGGACUUCCUGAUGCCCUUACCAGCGCAGCCUGUUAGAGUUGUGUGCCAGUAUCUGAGUGAAAAGUUGAAUGGAACACAUCUUUUGGAGGCUAUAGGAAAAGUUCUGCAAGUAUACGCAAACUACACUGGAAAAGCCAAGUGUGUGGACUAUAAAAACAGCGAUUACACUAACCUAGACGCGAGUGGAUGGGACUAUCAGGCCUGCACAGAAAUGAUCAUGCCGAUGUGCACGAUGGGCAAAGAAUUCGACAUGUUCGAACCUUCGCCGUGGAACUUCACCAAAUACUCGGAAGACUGCCACAAGAAAUACAACGUGUAUCCUCGCCCUGAUGCUGCGAGGAUAGAGUAUGGAGGAGACAGGAUCAAGGCAGCGUCAAAUAUUGUCUUCAGUAAUGGACUGUUGGAUCCUUGGGCUGGAGGCGGAAUCCUCAAUAGCAUCAGCAGCACAGUGACGGCGGUGGUGAUCAUCGACGCGGCGCACCACCUCGACCUGAUGGCUGCCAACCCUAACGACCCGGAGACCGUGAGGAUGGCCCGCGCCAUCCACCGCCAGAACAUCGACAAGUGGCUGAGGGACUUCCGCGAGGAACGAUCCAAAAGACACUGAAAUUAAAAUAUUAGUCACUUCCACUUUUAAUAUGGGUACCUUCAGGUCAAGAGUGAAUAGGAAAUUUAUAGGCAAGCGCGGAGCAUCUUAGGCUGCAUCAUCACUUGCUAGCAGGUCUGAUUGUAGCCAAGCGCUGUAAAUUUAAAAAAACAUAGUAGGGUACCUCCCUACCAUAUAGGUACUUAGGUACCUUCUUGUUCCCAGUUAGAAAUUAGAGUCAGUGAAAUUUUUUGAUAUUAUUUAAUGUGAUACCUAUACUACUAAUUGUAUUAAAUUUUUUUUUUUAAACUC